ACCAGACGAGUUACGCUAUGGACGAACGAGAAAAAAGGGUUAGUUCUGUGUUGAUGCGACAAAAUGAAAUUACAUAUCAAUCUGUCUUGUGACCUUAAUGCUGUUAAAUAUCAGUGGGUAACAAAUCAUCGCCGUACGUAUGCUGUCAAUAGCACGCGAGCUGGACGGGAAUAAAAAAAAUCAAUGACCUAGUUUUUAGUGAGCUCAUGUGACCUUGGCCUACUGUUGUGGCGAGUGGUAGGCACCAGGCGAGACUAGCCACUGUGAAUAUUAACUGUUCGUUGGAUGGUAUGCAGGGACGGUGAGAAGGUGCACAUUUGAAGGUCAAGCCAUGUCAAUAAUGUUACCAAGAUGACGGCAGAGCACCAGCGUGUGCAGGCCGAGGGAUAUGGAGACUCGGUGGUUACACAGAUGAAAAACCUUCGCACUAACAAUGAGUUGUGCGACUUUAAAGUGUCGGCGGAGGGACGGACAUUUGAUGUCCACAAGGUCCUUUUGGCUGCCACCAGUGAUUAUUUCAAGGUCAUGUUUGGAGGUGUCAUGGCCGAGAGCAAGCAGAACUCGGUGGACCUGAAAGGCGUCACAGCUGAUGGUCUGCAGCAGAUUGUGGAGUUUAUUUACAGUGGGGAAAUGUCUCUCCAUUACGAUAACCUCACGGAAAUAAUCAACACCGCCAGUCAUCUCCAGGUAUCCUCGGCGAUAGAGCUCUGUAGUACCUACAUCAAAUCCCUCAUGACCUUCGACAAUGCUGACGAGUUUCUUACCAUAGCAGACACGUAUUCCCUGGAGAAGGUCCAGUAUCACUGGGAUAAUAUGAUCCUGAACAGUUUCUACGAGUUUAGUCAGACUCAGAUAUUUUUAAAACUUGAUGCCUCUUCACUUACUAAGUACCUCUCACAAAAUGCACUCAGGACGUCGUCAGAGUUCAAACUCUUUCAGUGCCUGGAUAAGUGGUUUCGGUACAGCCCAGGACGAUUUCAAAAUGAUGGGCCUGAUGUACUCAGUCAUAUUCGGUUUCCGCUGAUGACAGAGGCAGAAUUAGCCUCUGUCCAGGAGAAUGAGAUAAUCAAACGUUGUCCAGGAGCUAUUCAAUAUGUGGCACGUGGGUUCAAAUACCACAUCGACUGCAAAGAAGGACAUCCAAAUAUCGAGGAAAUCUCCACAAUUCGAAGUGAAAUCCCUUCUCUAGUAUUAGUUCACCAUGGGUCAUCGUAUAUGCCAUUUCAAAUAACUGCACACAAUCAUAUCUCAGGGGUUUUUUACCGUCUUUUCUCAGAUGUAAAUGGAAGCAGGGAUUGUAGACUUGUAGUUGUUGACAAUUUCGGUUACAUUUGUCGUGUGGUAGACUUCGGAGGAGGGACCUUGAUGAGCUCUCUAGUGCGCUUUGAUCCACGUCAUUUGGUUAGUCAGGAGCUUCGUCCGAUGCGACGGUUACGGAUGGAUUUUGCACUUGUGGCUCACAAAUGCUGCCUGUACGUAUUUGGUGGUUCAACUGAGCAGUUUGCAAUCUUGGACUCGGUCGAGUUUUAUAAUGUUACAACAAACAUAUGGGGAGACCUACCUCCACUUCCUUCCCCUCUCCACUCGUUAGCAUCAACAGUGGAAGGUGAUCGUAUCUACCUCUCGGGCGGAGUGUCCAGUCAAGAUCGCCAGGCAACCAACACAUUCAUGUGCUACUACCCAGCCACUCGGCACUAUGAAUCACUUCCUGGCAUGUUUUAUGCACGUCGUCUACAUGACAUGGUAUCGUUUCAGCAGAAGAUUUAUGUUGUGGGUGGUAUCCCCAGACAGGGUGCUCCCCUGCAUGGACAGAUCCCUAUUGAGUGCUUCAACUUCACAACCAAUCAGUGGACAAUGCUGUCGUCGACCCUCAGUGGACGGUCUGUUGGACACUACAUGACAUUUGAAGGACAGAUUUUAUCUCUGGGUCAUGAGCAUCACAAUGCUACAGAGGACGAGAUCUGGAUCUACGACCCAGAAGUGGAUGACUGGAUGAAGCAUGCUAAGGCUCCCCAGCGUAUGAACCUCACCUCCGCCAUUUGUACCAUAUUACACGUGAAUUAUGAUAAUGAGAAAGUCUGUAAAACCUUUCUGAAGGACAAGUAGAGGUCAUUGGCAUUGUUCUGGAAAUGUUAAUAUUUUCUAGUUAGAUCUAUUCCCUUUAUUCCAAACUAAAGAUCAAUGUAAUAUUCUCAUUAAAAGGAAACACAAGCUAUUCUUAAUGAUAAUGAGAAAUGUUUUAAGUAAAAACAGGUAAAUUUUGAAUGAAAUAGGGAAAUCUUUUUUUUUUGGGGGAUAAAGUUUUGAAUAUUUUUUUCUCUUUGACAGUCUUCAAUGUAAGUACAUGCAUUAUGGAUAUGCUUGUGAAUUUAUACAUGUGAUAGAAUUCAGAAAGACAAAGGUUACAGUGAGAGAAUUCUGAUAGCAUACAUGUAGAUAAAGGUUACAGAUCUGCCUUUGAUGUUUUUAACUCGGAAUUAUCAGGAAAAUGUUUACACAGUUCAGAAAAACAAUUAAUACAUUUUAUCAACAAGUGUUUCUUGCCAAACUGUAACAUGUUAACAGGAAGGUUGAUUCUGUCCUGAUUUCAUGGUAAAUCAAUCCAAAAUGCAAAGUAUAUAUGUGACCUUAAUGCAUAUUGUUUCAACGUGUAAGAAUGCAUAGAAAAGUUCAUUCUUUGUUUUAUGUUCAGUUUAUGGAAAGAUUCAAUUAGAAAGUAAAGAAAUCUUUCGCCUCUUCAGUCAACUGUAAUUAGCUCAUCACCAAUUUCUGUUUUCUCCUUUAGCUUCUCCGGUCUACUGUAAUUAGGCCAUCACCAAUAUCUGUUUUAUCUGUAAGCUCAUUGGUUUACAGGUAGAUAAAUGCGAACAUCUUUUACCAAAUUUGAAUCAGGAAAUCUUAUAUGUUGGCAUAGUUUUGAAAUACUUCUAUAAAAGUGGUAAUAUCUGAAGAUAAUUGGAUAACAUUGUUUACAGGAUAUUUGUAAUUUAUUGUAGUAGAUUAUGUCAACAGAUUUAUCUACUAUUUUUCGGACAGUACUAAUAUUUAAAUGGAAACAUGAAUGUCAUUUUGAGUAUGAACUAAGAAUGAGUCACAGUGCAUCAGAUAUAAGAUCUAAAUAAUCAGUAAGGGAGGUCACUCUAGUAAACACACCCAGGAGAGGAACGGUGCCAUGGAGGUCACUUUUAACAGGGAAUAUGUACAGACAUUGUUAUAUUGUUGAUAGGUGUGAAGAGGUAUUGAUGUUAUCUGUUAUCAAGUGUAAACAAGUUGAUGUUUUUACUUUGUUUUUUCAUCAUAACACAUUGAUUAUAUGAUAUAUAAAAACAUGUUUAAUUUAUUUCUGAAUUUAGGAAAUCAACAUGGAGGUUUGUACCAAUAGCCAUUUGUGAUGCAAUUUCAUACUUAUUAGUAUGACUGAUUCUCUGUUGGAAUGAUGAAUGAUGUCCCUUGUGAAUCAUGAAAAACAUAUGUAACAGAGCGCAUGAUGAAUGAAAUUUAUUUCACUGCCUCUUCUAGGGAUCGGACCCAUGACCUCUGGCUUACUAGUCUUAUACUCAACCAAUCGAGCUAAAGAGAAGAUCUCCUUAGCCGAGCGGUAUAUUGGUGCACCUAAUAUUUACCAGGUUACAUACAUGUAUUUCCCCUCCAGAGAAGAACUUGUGCUUGAGUUAUGAGGGUUACAGCAAUGAUUUCACAAGUAACGUUAAGUAUAAUUACGGAGUUCCUACAUAGGCCCCAAUGUCAUAGAGAGUACGAUGAAUUAAAUUCUUUUCAAUGUCCUUGCUAAGCAUUGAACCCAGGAUCUCUCGCUUAAUAGUCUUAAAUCAACCGAUCAAGCUUAAGAGACGUGAAGGGAAACACAUGUAGUCACAUGAUACAGUCGUGUUUACAUUGUGACAGAAGAGCAUGUUGGUGUUGAUAUUGUUUAUUGUAUCAUCUUAAUCAAUUGUUACUGGUCUUGACAAUUCAAAUUUCACAUUUUAAGAUGACAUGAAUAUGUGUAACCCAUCUUUACAUGUUAACCAAACAAAAUUGCUGCUAGUUUCUACAUUUUGCUUAUUUUCAAGCCGGAUGUGAUUCAAGCAUUUUGCAUGUUACAUGAAUGAAGAGAACGGUAAUGCAUGCAUUCACAUUGUAUGUGAAUCAAGUGCCACAAUGUUCACAUUGAAAUAUGUUAUGUGAAGCUUCCUUGUUGUUCACAUUUUACCAUGAUACAUGUAUGUUACUGUUGUGUACCACAGUUUAUAUUCUCCAUACUAUCAAUGUGGUCACUUAAAAUGCUGCUGUUCUUAAAGAAAACCAAGUUUAAGUUUAAAUUUUUACUAAUUGAUCUUCCAAAUUGUAUUUUUUCAUUUUAUGGUAAUUGCCACUAAAUUAAAAGAUAUAUAAAUUUUCAAUAAAAAAAUAUCAAGACCUUAUAUAUUGGGGAGGUUAACAAUAAAAACUUUUUAAUAUCUUGAUAACCUGAUUUUAUUGUUAGAGAAUUUCUGGCAUGAUGUCGUUUAUUAACAUGUAUUGUAGUGAACAGUUUACAUACAUUGUAAUACAGUGUAACAUGUAUUGUAGUGAACAGUUUACAUACAUUGUUAUACAGUGUAACAUGUAUUGUAGUGAGCAGUUCACAUACAUUGUAAUACAGUGUAACCUGUAUUGUAGUGAACAGUUUACAUACA